GGGUUGUUAACUCAAGCAAACAAUCUGUGUAAUAUAUCAACUUUCUGUACUAGAGCAGAAAAGAGUCUGUAAGAAUUCACUAGUCUCCUGGCCUGAAGACAAAACGGAAUCAUGAGCACAGCAGGAAAAGUAAUCAAAUGCAAAGCAGCUGUGCUAUGGGAGAUAAAGAAACCCUUUUCCAUUGAGGAGGUGGAGGUUGCACCCCCUAAGGCCCAUGAAGUUCGUAUUAAGAUGGUGGCCUCAGGAAUCUGUCGCUCCGAUGAUCACGUGGUUAGUGGAACGCUCAUCACACCUCUCCCUACGAUCUUGGGCCAUGAGGCAGCCGGCAUUGUGGAAAGCAUUGGAGAAGGGGUGACUACAGUAAAACCAGGUGACAAAGUCAUUCCACUCUUUACUCCCCAGUGUGGAAAAUGCAUUGUUUGUAAACACCCACAAGGCAACUUCUGCUUGAAAAAUGAUCUGAGCACACCUUGGGGGAUCAUGCAGGAUGGUACUACCAGGUUCACCUGCAGAGGAAAGCCCAUCUACCAUUUCAUCGGCACCAGCACCUUCUCCCAGUACACGGUGGUGGAUGAGACUGCAGUGGCCAAGAUUGAUGCAGCCUCACCAUUGGAGAAAGUCUGUCUCAUUGGCUGUGGAUUUUCUACUGGUUAUGGGUCUGCAAUCAACAUUGCCAAGGUCACCGAGGGCUCCACCUGUGCGGUGUUUGGCCUUGGAGGGGUCGGCCUGUCUGUGAUCAUAGGCUGUAAAGCAGCGGGAGCAGCCAGGAUCAUUGGGGUGGACAUCAACAAAGACAAAUUUGCAAAGGCCAAAGAGGUGGGUGCCACUGAGUGUAUCAGCCCUCAGGACUACAAGGAACCCAUCCAGGACGUGCUGAAGGAAAUGAGUGGUGGCGGUGUGGAUUUUUCAUUUGAAGUCAUUGGGCGGCUUGACACCAUGCUGGCUGCCUUGUCCUGCUGUCAAGAGUCGUAUGGUGUAAGCGUCAUUGUAGGAGUACCUCCUAAUUCACAAGAUCUCUCUAUGAACCCCAUGUUGCUACUGACCGGACGUACCUGGAAAGGAGCAAUUUUUGGUGGCUUUAAGAGUAAAGAUUCUGUCCCCAAACUUGUGGCUGAUUUUAUGGCUAAGAAGUUUCCACUGGAUCCAUUAAUAACCCAUGUUUUACCUUUUGAAAAAAUAAAUGAAGGAUUUGACCUGCUUCGCUCUGGAAAGAGCAUCCGCACCAUCCUAACAUUCUGA